AUGGAUUGUGAAGAAGAGAACCAAAUAAGAUUUAAUGAGACAAAUUUAUUAGAUGAUAUAACAUUUAAUAAUUCUACAACCUUGCUAAUUGAAGAUAUUAUUGAUUUGACAGCUGAAAAUAAUUAUAAAUUA